AUGCUGACUACGCUGUGGGAACAGGUUCAGAAUUUCCACGGUUGUAUCGUUUCUUCUGUUCCUUCUUCUGAGCAAAUCAAUUACGGUUAUUUUGCAGAGGAUAAAAUUAGCGUCGCUUCAGAAAACUACCUUGAGGCCUUCGAUUACUUGAAUGAUCAGCUGGCUCUUAUAGCUCCCACUCCUUUAUCGCCCAUUGGGGGGCACAAUUCUACCGCGGAACAUUUGCUCCCUCAACCUGGCCCUUCGGCCACUAUCAAACUUCCGCAGUUGGACUUGCCCACUUUCAAUGGGGAUUUUAAGAAAUGGCCCCAUUUCUCUGACGCGUUCUGCGCGGCCGUCAAGAACGUACAGCACCUUUCGAAGGCGCAGAAGAUGCAGUACCUUGAUGCCUGUUUGAGGGGAGAACCAAAGGAUCUUAUCGAGCACCUCGAGAUUUGCGACGCGAACUUCGAUAUAGCCUGGGCAUCCUUAGUCUCCGAGUACGCGCAUCUCCGUGUGCUGGUCUCGGUACAGUUGGACAGACUUUGUGACCUGCCGUCUGUGCAUCACGAUAAAUUAGACUCUCUAAAAAAGGGGAAAGCGGAGGUCGUCCAAUCGGUGGCCGCUCUGAAGAAACUCAAAUGCCCCGUAGAGGAAGUCGACUUCCUGGUAGUUCAUCUAGCCGUUAGAAGGUUUGAUACCGCCACUAGGCGUGACUGGGAAAAUUCGUUAGGAGAUUCGCGCGUACUACCGAGACUCGAGCAGUUGACCGCCUUUUUAGACAAAAAAAUCCGUGCGUUACUUAUGACGCAACCCCAUUAUACGGGUCCCAAUGUCAGGACGCACAAUUCCGUUGAAGCGAAGCCUAAACUGGUGUCUUCUUGCCCCUUCUGCAAGAGCGAUCAUCCGCUUUAUGCAUGUCCGAAAUUCAAGGAUAUCAACCCUCGAGCGCGGUAUGAAUUUGUCAGAGGGAAACAGGCCUGUAUCAAUUGCCUAUCCUCUAAGCAUACCUCACGUGCUUGUCCAAGCAAAUUUUCAUGCAAGCAUUGUAGGAAGCCUCACCAUUCGCUGUUACAUUUCGAAAACUCAAAUAACGUGACGGUUAAACCGAAACAACCAGGGGAGGCCCCGAAGGACCCCCUGAAUAUAGACGCAACGGCGUGCCGUACCGUUUCUCUUGAACAGGAAACUAAUUUAGCUAAGCAUGCCCAUACUUCGUGUAGGAUAUCUCCGCCGACUUCGGAGUGUCCAAGGUCGGUCCCUGUCUUAUUAGCUACCGCUUUGGUCCGUGUGCAAGCAGCGGACGGAUCUCACGCAAUCGUGCGGGCCUUGAUUGACCAAGGGUCCGAAGCGACUUUUAUCUCGAGCCCCUUAGCUCACGCUCUAAACCUUCCGCGCUAUAAGGUCAGCACAACUGUGCAGGGGGUAGGCGGCCUCGUUUUAGGCUCGCUUAAACACGGCGUUUCUCUAACACUCUCGUCGCGAAGCGGCAAAUCUGUCAAGGUUCAAACCAACGCCUACGUUAUCCCCAAUAUUACCGCUUACACACCGCCUUCGGUGUCUCACACUUCUUUCGCGGAGUUACGCACCUAUUUCUUAGCCGACCCUGAACCAGGUUCUCAGAGGAAGAUCGACUUGCUAAUAGGAGCGAACGUUUAUGGUCAAAUAAUACGCUUAGGCGUCAAGCAUCUCUCUGCGGCUGCUAUCACAGCGCAGAAAACAGUUUUCGGAUGGAUCCUUUCCGGUCCAGUUUCGCCUCUCGAUCAUAGGACCCACACCCUUUCGGUGAACCUCUUCACUACCCUGGAUUCACUUGAUAGCGCCAUACGCCGGUUUUGGGAAGUCGAGGAGGUCCCAAAACAAGUUAUCCUUACGCCGGCAGAACAAAGUUGUGAGGAUUUUUUCGUUAAAACGACCAAAAGGUCUAAGGAUGGUCGAUUCGUUGUUAAAUUACCAUUCAACGUGGACCACCCUGCGACGCAGUUAGGGGACUCUUUCGAGAUCGCCGCGGCGUCCUUGAAUCGCCUUAACAGACGCCUCAUCAAAAACCCACCGUUGUUAAAACAAUACACUGAAUUUAUCAACGAUUACAAAGAACUCGGCCACAUGUCCGUCUUGGACUCGGCCCCUCGCGCUUUCCUAUACAUUCCUCAUCGGGGCGUCCUACGGCCAGACAGCCUCACAACCAAAAUCAGGGUGGUUUUCAAUGCUUCUUCCGUGACAGCGAACGGAGUUGCUCUAAACGACCUGCUGCAUGCGGGCCCUCCCUUACAACAAGAUCUCAAUUCCAUCAUCCUACGUUGGCGGUUGCAUAGGCACGUCUUAGUGGCCGAUGUGGAGAAGAUGUUUAGGCAAAUCCUUGUCGAUACAAACGAUCGAAAGUUUCAGUGUAUCUUGUGGCGCGGAGGUCCUUCCGAUCCUGUUCAAGCCUUCUCACUCAACACCGUUACAUACGGGCUCACAUGUGCACCCUUUUUAGCCAUACGUUGCCUUCAAGAGCUGGCAAAGCUCGAAGGCGAGAAGUACCCUCGGGCGGUCCCAAUUCUCUGGAAAAACACUUUCAUGGACGACGUCUUCAUGGGCGCGGAAGAUGUGGAGUCACUCGACUCAUUAAGAGCCGAAGUUUGCGGAUUAUUAGCGGCUGGUAAAUUUUCGCUGCGCAAAUGGGCCGGAAAUUCCCCUGAGUUACUCUCUCGCAUUCCUGUGGGCGAACAUUCUCACGCCAUCGAUCUCUCUCUGUUCUCCCAAACCGAUUUGAAAGUGUUAGGGAUAAAAUGGACACCUCAGGACGAUCACUUCUGGUUCAAUUGGUCAACAGUCCGACCAUCGGAUACCCCAUUGACCAAACGGCAAUUACUCUCGCUCGUCGCCCAACUCUACGACCCUCUGGGUUGGCUCAGCCCACUGAUAAUACGGGCUAAGAUCAUGAUGCAAGCUCAAUGGUUAGAAAAGCGGGAAUGGGACCAGGCAGUCUCUGAAAAUACCAUGCGAGCAUGGAAUUCAUUCUGCCUCGACUUGCAAAAACUAAAGGAGAUCAAAAUCCCGCGAUGGCUCCAUUUUACCUCAUCGUGUAUCUCGAUAGAAUUACACGGGUUUUGUGACGCUUCGUCAUCAGCAUUUGCCGCUGUGGUUUACUCCAGGGUAGUGGAGAAGGACGAUUCACCACCCGUUGAAAAUUUGUCGUGGUACGAUCAACAAAGGGCUCAGUACCCACCGAGUAUCGGAGCCAACAUGAGCUUCUUCGCGCCAAAGGAACAAAUCGAGUUCGACGCGCUCUUUGAGCAAUGUUUGAAUAAUGCGACCCAGUGCCCCAAUCCUGAAGAGGGGGACCGUCGUCCACCUAAGGGUAAGCCCGCCUCAACCCCAUCUCGGUUGAGCGAGGCGGAUAUCCGCCAGCGCAUGCGACGGGCAGCGGCCGCCAGCAAAAAAGCAGCAAAGCCGCUCUUGGCCGAUCCAGUUCCGCCAACAAACGCAGAGGAAGAAGGGCCAAGGACACCACCGCCGCCGCCAUCGGCGUCCCCCGCGGAGCGGACGAUGCCACCUCCACCGCCAGCACCAGCGUGCCUCAGGAUCGUGGUGCCCUGGGAGGUGAUCCGGGUACCGCUGCACGCCGUAUUUAAACAGCGCCGGUACAGGUACCUGUCAAAGCAAGGGCGGUACCUGCUGAAGUUCGGCGCUGAAGGCCAGCUGACUUCCCUUCAACUAACACCAAAACGAGCAGCGGCCACCUAA